ACAAGUGUCAUCGCCAGGCAACGGUCUAUUACAGGCGUUCAUAUCCCCAAAAUGUCGCGAUUAAAAGCCCCAUCGAACCUCCAUGAACUCGUCAAGACGGCCUUUUCCAAAGCGCUCUCUACAAGCGAGCUUCAUUACUUCCCCACUCAAGUCACCAUCCUCCAUAUCAAUUCCAUUCCUUUCCAACUACGAUUCUCCCCUGCUCUAGCAAACAAACCCAAAGGGCCCCCUCCAGAUCCCUCCCAGCCGCGCAAGCCGUUUGAUCCCUUCGCCAAUCCUCCCGCCUCGCUCUUCAUCACAGACUUGGGACCAUCUCAUUUCCUCGUCUUGAACAAGUUUGCCGUGGUGCCGGAGCACUUCAUUCUCGCGACAAAAGAGUACAAGCUACAGACUCAUGUGCUAGAGGAAUCCGAUCUCCAAGCCACGCUCGCCUGCAUCGACGCCUAUGAGCAGGCGAAGCAGAGUGAAGCAUCUGCAUCACCAUCUUCAGUGGAACGAAAAUCGCAGGACGAUGGCCUUUUCGCUUUCUUCAAUGGCGGAGAACAUUCGGGAGCAAGCCAGCCUCAUAGACACAUUCAGCUCUUACCCAUAUCCCGGAUGAAAGAUGGCCUAGACGCCGCCUCCUCAUGGGAUGUGCUCGCCCAACAAGCUGAAAAACUCGAAAAGACGCCUUUUGUUGCAUUUUCAGAGCCCAUCGACAAGGAAAUUUCGCCCGCAAAUCUCCAUGCCGCCUAUCUCCGUCUCUACAAAAAGGCGUGUCAAGCAGUCGCUCAGCACGCAGGAACCACAAGUCCAGCCUCUGACGAGAUUCCCACCACUGGAGAAGCCAGGAUCAGCUACAACAUGGCCAUGACAAAGGAUACCAUAGUCAUAUGCCCACGACUAAGCGAAGGCUCGGAGAUUAAAAGCAGCGAAACAUCUUCACCAAUCGGAUCCCUCGCACUGAACGGCACGCUCCUCGCAGGCACAGCACUGGUGAAAAGCGAGGCAGAAUGGGACGCCUUGAAGAAGAGCCCGAGCGGACUGCUUGCUGUGCUUAAGACCAUUGGUGUUCCACGGGAGGAGGUCAAGGAUGAGCAGAUUAAACUAUAGCGGCGAGUAGACGAAAUGAUUUCACGAGCCAUGUAUUAGAAGUAGAAGAGAUGAGAUAUGUACUCUAACAUGAGAUUGCGCGCCUG